AUGUAAGGGUCUGAGAUUUUAAUUGCUCAAGCACAGCAUAAAACUGAAUUAGUUCAUCAGUUGUAGGAGCAAGCUUAUGAAACAGAAUAAAAAUAAUUGGAUAACAAUCUAGUGACAAAGGCAAUUGAGUACAUUUUGGAGAACCCUCAUUUUGGCUUUUUUUUAAUUUAUACCGAAAAUCAUCACGUCUUCGGGUAGAUCCUGAUGACCAAAGAAUACAACAUCUACUCUGGAUUAACUUGCUGGUUUCAAUCUGUUUACGUGAAGAAGGAUCAUAGAAUGAAGGGAAUAUUUAAGUAAAUGUACAAGGAAUUUAUGAAAUAUGCAGCAAAGGAGAAAGCAGGGACAAAAUUAUAUGUAGAAGUUGAGAAUAAGAAUGCCAUCAAAGUAUAUGAGAAAUUGGGAAUGAUUAAAACAGAGGAAACCAUAUUUGAAGAUGAUUUCGUAUUUCAUCCUGUUAAGUAAGUCAAAUUGCUUAUCAAAUUAGAAUUAUUAAUCUUGGUUAAGAUUGUGUAACAAGGACUUCAAGCAACAAAAAGGAAUUAGAGGACUUAUUAAAGAAAGGAAAAAGUAUCUUAGGGAAUGACUUAACUCAAUAAUUGUAAAUUGAGAAUUGUUUAAAUAAUAACAAAAAUGCAUUUAUAAUAACAGAGAGUUCAACAGACUAUCUGA